AUGGAGCGAGCUUUCACGGAGCAAAAUAGCGAGAUCGUCACCAACAACAACAACAAUGGUACUAUGCCAAGUGAUAAAAUCGAGAAACUGAUUAAGUUGCAAUUACUAAAAUACUCCAGACGCAGGCGGCUGAAAUCUAAGACAGGAUUUUAUUUAGAGAUACGGGAUGAUGGCAGUGUGAUGGGUACCAAAGACCCCAAGAGUCCUUACACAGCGUUGCAAGUGAUGUCAAUUGGGUCUGAUAUGCUGGCAAUAUGGGGUACUGAGGCAGAGCUAUACUUGUCCGCUGGUGUUGAUGGGAACCUGAAGACGUCAGGCCAUGAAGGAAGACAGUGUGUCUUUAUUGAAUCUCUAGGGCCUGAUUUUUUUAGCAUCUAUGAAUCAUAUCACUCGGUGUAUGUUGGAGAGCCAAGGUGUCUGAUCGUGAAUGAAAGAGGAGAGUUAGAACUUAAUGAGCAGGGUGUCUUGCCUGGUGAUAAUGGACACUUCAUGUGGGAGAUAAACUGA